UUUUUCCGCCGUGCGCCGGCUGCGCGGCCGGGACUAACGCGGCGCGUACGUCGGCGUCGGGGCUAGCAGAGGGAUUCUGGGUAACGGCCCCAGCCGGCUGGGGCGGCUGGCUCCGCGCAGCGUGUAGUACUCACGCCAAGUCCGUUGGCUGUGGGGGUUGUAGGGCCGCUGGCAGCCGGACAUGGAGCAGCCGUGGCCGCCACCAGGACCUUGGAACCUCCCUCGGGCAGAGGGUGAGGCUGAGGAAGAGAGUGACUUGGACUUGUCCCCCGGUUCUCCCCGCUGUCCGCAGCUGCCGGGAGGCGGCACCCAGAUGUAUAGCCAUGGAAUCGAAAUGGCUUGCCAGAAGCAGAAAGAGUUUGUGAAGAGCUCUGUGGCGUGUAAAUGGAAUCUCGCUGAAGCUCAGCAGAAACUUGGUAGCUUAGCACUGCAUAACUCUGAGUCCUUGGAUCAGGAACAUGCCAAAGCACAAACAGCAAUAUCAGAACUGAGGCAACGGGAAGAAGAAUGGCGGCAGAAAGAAGAGGCUCUAGUACAAAGAGAGAGAAUGUGUCUGUGGAACAUGGAUGCCAUUAGCAAGGAUGUUUUUAAUAAGAGUUUUAUUAAUCAAGAUAAAAGAAAAGAAACAGAAGAUGAAGAUAAAUCAAAAUCAUUUAUGCAGAAACAUGAGCAGAAAAUUAGACAUUUUGGUAUGUUAAGUCGAUGGGAUGAUAGUCAGAGAUUUUUGUCUGACCAUCCAUACCUUGUAUGUGAAGAAACUGCUAAAUAUCUUAUUUUAUGGUGUUUUCAUCUAGAAGCUGAACAGAAAGGGGCUCUAAUGGAACAAAUAGCACAUCAAGCAGUUGUAAUGCAGUUUAUUAUGGAAAUGGCCAAAAACUGUAAUGUGGAUCCAAGAGGAUGUUUUCGCUUAUUUUUCCAGAAAGCCAAAGCAGAGGAGGAAGGUUACUUUGAAGCAUUCAAAAAUGAACUUGAAGCUUUCAAGUCAAGAGUCAGACUUUAUUCUCAAUCACCGAAUUUUCAGCCUAUGACAGUUCAGAAUCAUGUUCCCCAUUCUGGUGUUGGAUCUAUAGCUUUAUUAGAGUCCUUACCACAGAAUCCAGAUUAUCUUCAGUAUUCUAUCAAUACAGCUCUCUGCAGUUUAAACUCAGUGGUACAUAAAGAAGAUGAUGAACCGAAAAUGAUGGACACUGUAUAAUUUGGUUAAGACUGCUGAAGCCAAGUACUAUUUUGUUACAAGAAAGGAAGAACUUGGCUAUUUUCUUGACACUUUUAUGGGUGCUGCACUUUAUUUUUGUUCGGUUUUUGAUGGGAGGGAAAACAGAGUACUGAAACAGUUUUGUAAAAUUUUUUUUAUGUGCUGCUAGGUUUUUUUUGUUUGUUUUGUUUUUUCCUGAAGAGAGGAGUGGUACCAUAUGUUGCAAGAAGUCAAACUGGACUUUUUUGGGGUUUUUUGGCUAUUAAUUUGCCUUUAAUCUUACUGUUCUCAAUUUUGGAAUCAAGGUAUGAAAAUCUGCACAAAUGAAAUGUUUACAAGAACUGGUUGAUUCUAGGAGGCAUCUGCUACAGUCUUUUUAUAUGGAUAUGUACAUGUCCUACUCUACAAAAAUGAUUAAAGAUUAAAAUGUAUCCUAUUGCUAAUUUAGCUGUCAAAUCUGGUGUUUCAUCAUAUUAAAAGCAAUAAAUCAGUAGUUGAUAAUCUGCUUUACUAAAUAAGCUGGGUAGUACAAAUUAAAACAAGUCUUUCCCCUUAAAAUAAUACAUUUGUUUCUUCAGCACCAUCAGUUAAAUCCUUGACUAUAGUAUCAAUUUUAUAUGGAUACUAAAUUAACCCCCAAGUAUUCUCAGACAUAUUUCCCUUAGAAGUUGGUUUUACCCUAUUUGACAUUUUAGUAUUAGGGUUAUAUAGUGAUAUAAAAAGUGAUAAAACUCAUAACAGAUUUUUUUUUUUCAUAGUAAGAGCCAACUUCAGUUCACUCUUAAUUUCUUGACAUAGUCUGGGAUCUCUCAGGGAGCAAGUUUUAAAAGAACUAAUGGUCUAAAAAAAAAAAGAACUAAUGGUCUAUAAAACAAAUAAGAAGAAAAAUCUGAUUUUUUGAGUUACAGUUAUUGUUUUACUCUGAUGUGGCCCAAAGACCUUUUUAAAAGGCAAGAGACAUCUUCUGACAUGAACUCCUUAUUUCUAAGAAUUUGGUGAUCCUUAUUGCUAAUGAUGGCUUUUACUACAUUGGUCAUUCCUCUCUUUAGCUCAGUUACCAUAGAAUGCUUCUGAGCUUUAAUACUUACCUAUAUAAUUCACUUUAAAUAUGCCAGGAUAUUUGAUGAUUCAUUUUACUAGGAAUGAGAUGACAAUUAAUUAUGCUGUCCUUAUUAUUUAAGGAUUAACCUUCUGACUUACAGGAACAUGAGCUUUGAUUUGCAUCAGAUGUAGUCUUUGGUGGCUCGGUCCCAUUGGGACUAGUAGUAAACAUGUAGGAGAUGACCAAACGGCAUUUGGACUGCACAUCUCAAUUUGAGAAGCCGCCUACAUGGUGAUCAGAUCUGUGAUGGCGGCUUCACUUGCACCUUGUUUUACACUAACCUGAGGUGAUAAGGCACUUAGUACUCAUAGAAACGGAUUGGAGUUAUUGAAUCAUACAUAUGUAACAUCACAAUCUUCCUGGUUUUCAGAAUAAAACUUGUUUUUGUGCUUUUAAUAUAUACUCUAUAAUAAAAUGUUUGACUAAUUUA